AUGUCCACGGCGACGUCGUCGUCGUCGACGGCGAUCAAGCCCGACGACUACUCCCACAGCCCAGUACACUUCGCCGUCGCAGUCGGCGACAACGCCACCCUCUCGAAGAUUGUCUCCUCCCUCCCCAAACUCACCGACCCGACUCAGAUCCACACCGAGUCCGACUCACUCGGUCAAGAGAAACUAGCGGAUUUGAUCACCGGUGUCCUCGAUCGCCGCGACAACCGCCACCGCGAGACUCCUCUCCACCUCGCAGUUCGCCUCAACGACGUCGUAUCAGUCCGUACGCUUUCCAUUGCCGGCGCUGAUAUCUCUCUCCAAAAUGCCGCCGGUUGGAACCCCUUACAGGAGGCCUUAAUUCGUCGUUGUGCGGACAUUGUUAAAAUUCUCGUUCAGCACCACCACAUCGCCGCCUGGUCGAAGUGGCGACGCCGUUUGCCGCGGGUUAUAGCCGUUCUUCGUCGAAUGCGAGAUUUCUACAUGGAAAUUUCAUUUCACUUUGAAAGCUCGAUUGUUCCAUUCGUUGGAAAAAUUGCUCCGUCCGACACCUAUAAGAUCUGGAAACGAGACGGAAACCUCCGAGCAGAUACUUCGUUAGCAGGCUACGACGGAUUGAAAAUUCAGCGCGCUAACCAAAGCUUCCUCUUCCUCGGCGAUGGCGAUUCCAAAUUUGACAUCCCUUCAGGUUCGUUGCUUGUAUUGAAUCACGAUGAUAAGAAAAUCUUUGAUGCUUUUGAAAAUGCUGGCGCUCCGCUGAGCGACUCCGAUAUUGCAAGCUUUUGCUCUCAAACUAGUGUUUAUCGUCCUGGAAUGGAUGUAACGAGAGCCGAAUUGGUUGGCCGUACGAAUUGGAGAAGGCAAGAGAAGAUAGAGGCUGUUGGAGAGUGGAAANCAAAAGAUGGUUUAGAUAUCACUCAGAAAUGA